UGAGAUUAGCAAAACAGCGGUUCACAUCAUGAAUAUCUUCGCGAGAGAUCUCAUCUAUCGGAUCGUAACAAGAGUUUUGUUGCCGCUCUUCCUUUCCCAUUAUUUGCCUUACGUAACCUGCCAACAAGUGUCGGAAUCCGCAGACGGCAAUAAAAAAACAAACUUCCCAGCCGAGUCGGUAAUCGCAGUUGUGGUUCUUGCAUUAUUUAUCUCAUUAAGCAUGGUCGCUUGUUUCUUGCACAACACAUUCUAUAGUGCAGAGAUUGAGGCGGCAAGCCAAGAAGUGUUGCACACUAGAGCGAGGCGUGGGCUCGAGGAGGAAGUCAUCGAGUCCUUUCCAUCUUUCCUUUAUUCAGAAGUUAAAGGGGUCAAGAUAGGCAAAGGCGGAGUAGAAUGUGCAAUUUGUCUUAGUGAGUUUGAGGAUCAAGAAACGCUGCGUUGGAUGCCUCCUUGUAGCCACACUUUCCAUGCCAAUUGCAUCGAUGUGUGGCUCUCUUCCCGAUCCACCUGCCCGGUCUGUCGUGCAAAUCUGUCUCAGAAACCCAACGAGAGUUUUCCAUAUCCGAACAUGGAUGUUGAAACGGGAAGUGUUCAAGAAGCCCCCAAUGAGAGAAGCUUGGCAUGGUUAUUGUCGAGCUGGCGUAUGGCUGAGAUAUUUUUCCCUAGAUCUCAUACGACCGGACAUUCAUUGGUUCAACUAGGUGAAAAUCUAGACCGAUUCACACUGCAAUUACCGGAGGAGGUGCAAAGACAAUUGGUUAGCUUGAAUCUGAUAAGGAGAAGCCAAAUGGCCUUACCUCAAGCCAUGAGUUCAAGACAGGGCUACAGAAGCGGGAGCGUUGGGAGCGAGAGAGGUGGUUUCUCUCAGGGACGGCAAACGCACCGGUGGGCCUUAUCUAUGUCUCUCUCUUUCUCUUUUCAAACUGCUUCUGUUCGGUCAACACAUGACAGGAAUGAUCAAGUCCGAGAGACUUCCCAAGCCAAGGACAAAUAUUUUGGUGAACGGUCGUUCGAACGCCUCAUGCCAGAGAAGCAAGAGUCAGCAGAUCGCACUGGAAGAAACAAAGUCUCAUCGAUAAUUGGGGUCGUUUUGCUUUCCUUGUUCCUCUUACUUUUGGUCGUCUAUUGUAUGCAUUAUGGAUGUUGUAGUGAAGAGAUUGAGGCAGGAGGUCAUGAAGUGUUGCACAGUAGAGUGAGGUGUGGGAUUGACAAGGAUGUCAUAGAGUCAUUUCCGGCUUUCCUCUAUUCAGAGGUUAAAGGGCUCAAGAUAGGCAAAGGCGGAGUAGAAUGUGCAAUUUGCUUAAGUGAGUUUGAGGACGAAGAGUCGCUACGUUGGCUGCCUCCUUGUAGCCACACCUUCCAUGCUAAUUGCAUUGACGUAUGGCUCUCUUCUCGGUCUACAUGUCCAGUCUGUCGUGCAGAAUUGUCUCUGAAUCCCGGUGAGAGCUUUCCAUAUCCAAGCAUGGAUAUUGAAACAGGAAAUGCAAGGAGAGUUGUUCUUGAAUCCCCCAACGAGAUAAGCUUGAGAGGUAACAGUGUGCCAUGGAACGAUAAUGCAAAUUAUAGAACACCUCGGUCGAGAUCUACAGGGUUAUUGUCGAGCUGGCCUGUGGCUGAGAUAUUCUUCCCUCGAUCUCAUUCGACUGGACAUUCACCGGUUCAACUAGGUGAGAAUAUAGAUCGAUUCACAUUGCAGUUACCGGAGGAGGUACAAAGAGAAUUGGUUAGCCUGAAUCUGAUAAAGAGAGGCCACAUAGCCUUACCUCGAGCCAGGAGUUCUAGACAGGGCUACAGGAGCGGAAGCGUUGGGAACGACAGAAGCGGUUUCUCUCAAGGACAGCAAACACUCAGGCGAGCCAUAUCUAUGUCGCUCUCUUUCUCUUUUCAACCUGCUCCUAUUCGGUCUACACUUGGCAGGGACAAUCUAAUACUAGAGACUUCACAAGCUAAUGACGACGAUUUUGGUGAACGGUCGUUCCAGCGCCUCAUGCCAGAGAUAAUCUAAUAUAUUUACAAUAUUUUCCCCUUCAAUUGACGAGGAUAGUCACAGAAAAGGGUCGAGUUUGGUGAUAAUGGUUUUGGUCAGCCAUGUGUGCCACAGUUAGG